AUGACGGGCGUUGUCAAGGUCCAGUUGCGAGCAGACAACUUCGGCGAAAUUGUCCUUCGGAGCCCUCUCCACUGGGAAGCUGUGGCCCUGUUUUGCCGUACAGUGAUGAAAAGGAAGGAGGAUGCUGAACGCGAGAGACAAUUAGACAAACAAAUUGAUAUUGGAAGGGAAAAAGAGAUAAUAGAAAAUCGUAAAAAUAUCAUUCCUGUUAUUGAGGCAAUUAUUUUGAGUGGUUGGCAAAAUAUGGCACUAAGAGGUCAUCGUGACUCUGGAAACAUUUUCAAAACAUUCUCAGAUGACAAACGAAAUAAUGACGGCAAUUUUAGGUCAAUUCUUCGAUAUAGGGCCCAAGGUGAUAGUGAUAUGAGAUCAUAUCUUGAAAGUUCUGGUACCAUUAAGUAUACAAGUUCUACUAGUCAAAACGAAAUAAUCGAUUCCUGUAACAAAGUAUUAUUAAAUAAAAUAGUUUUAAGAGUAAACGAAGCAAAAUGUUUUUCUGUUCUCGCUGACGAAACGGCCGAUGUGUCGGGUAUAGAACAGGUAUCUUUGUGUGUUAGAUAUGUCAAAUUAAACACCCUUGAACUUCAUGAAGAUUUUUUGCAAUUCGUUCCUGCUGUUGACAUGACAGGAAAGGGAUUGGCAAAAUUGAUAAUUGAUAAUCUGCAACAAUUUGGCAUAGAUCCGAUAUAUUUACGUGGUCAGGGGUAUGAUGGGGCAGCCUCUAUGUCGGGUAAAUUUAAUGGCGUUCAAGCACAUAUUAAAGACAUACAGCCAUUAGCAAUUUAUGUACACUGUUCAGCACAUGUGUUAAACCUGGUAGUAUCUAAAUCAUAUAGCGUGACACAAAUAAGAGAUUGUUUAGCAACUUUGGGGAAAGUUCGCGAUUUCUUUAUUUUUCCGAAAAGAAAAUCAAUUCUUCGAUUUCAUAUUGAAAAUUCAUCAGAAACGUCCACUAAAAAAUCAUUGAAAAGAAGUUGCGAAACUAGGUGGAUAGAACGAUUUAACGCAAUAAACGAUUUUAUGGAACUUUAUGAGUAUGUCAUUGAAGCAUUGGAUACAAUUUCAGAAUGA